GUGCUCACAGCUCCUGCGGCCGGACGGGCGGCGCGGUGGCGGCUCUCAGCUGCGAGUGGAGACGCCGGAGGUCGGCGAGGAGGAGGCGGCGCCGCGGCGGAGUCUCUGGGCACCGAGUGGAGACGCCGGGCGGCCGCUGCGCUCCGUGCUCCAGGCCGCCGUGCGCGGCGAGGCUGCAGGCUGCGGGGUCCCGGCUCGCCGUCCUCCUCCCGCCGCCCCGAGCCCCGAUCCCCGGGCACCGCGGAGUGGAAGCAAAAUGUCCGUGAGCGUGCACGAGAACCGCAAGUCCAGGGCCAGCAGCGGCUCCAUCAACAUCUACCUGUUCCACAAGACCUCGUACGCCGACAGCGUUCUCACACACCUGAACCUGCUGCGCCAGCAGCGCCUGUUCACUGACGUCCUUCUGCAUGCCGGGAACAGGACCUUCCCGUGCCACCGGGCGGUGCUGGCCGCCUGCAGCCGCUACUUCGAGGCCAUGUUCAGCGGCGGUUUGAAGGAGAGCCAGGACAGCGAGGUGAACUUCGACAACUCCAUCCACCCCGAGGUGCUGGAGCUGCUGCUGGACUACGCGUACUCCUCCCGCGUCGUCAUCAACGAGGAGAACGCAGAGUCGCUCCUGGAGGCCGGCGACAUGCUGGAGUUCCAGGACAUUCGGGACGCGUGUGCAGAGUUCCUGGAGAAGAACCUGCACCCCACCAACUGCCUGGGCAUGCUGCUGCUCUCGGACGCGCACCAGUGCACCAAGCUGUACGAGCUCUCCUGGAGGAUGUGCCUCAGCAACUUCCAGACCAUCCGGAAGAACGAGGACUUCCUCCAGCUGCCCCAGGACAUGGUGGUGCAGCUCCUGUCCAGCGAGGAGCUGGAGACCGAAGACGAGAGGCUCGUGUACGAGUCCGCCAUGAACUGGAUCAGCUACGACCUGAAGAAGCGCUACUGCUACCUGCCGGAGCUGCUGCAGACGGUGAGGCUGGCUCUCCUGCCCGCCAUCUACCUCAUGGAGAACGUGGCCAUGGAGGAGCUCAUCACCAAGCAGAGGAAGAGCAAGGAGAUCGUGGAGGAGGCCAUCCGGAGCAAGCUGAAGAUCCUGCAGAACGACGGCGUGGUGACCAGCCCCUGCGCCCGGCCCCGCAAGACGGGCCACGCCCUCUUCCUCCUGGGAGGACAGACGUUCAUGUGCGACAAGCUGUAUCUGGUCGACCAGAAGGCCAAGGAGAUCAUCCCCAAGGCGGACAUCCCCAGCCCCAGGAAAGAGUUCAGCGCGUGUGCCAUCGGCUGCAAGGUGUACGUCACCGGGGGCCGGGGCUCGGAGAACGGCGUGUCCAAAGAUGUGUGGGUCUACGACACCCUGCACGAGGAGUGGUCCAAGGCCGCCCCCAUGCUGGUGGCCAGGUUCGGCCACGGCUCCGCCGAGCUCAAGCACUGCCUGUACGUGGUCGGGGGCCACACGGCCGCCACCGGCUGCCUGCCCGCCUCCCCGUCGGUCUCCCUGAAGCAAGUGGAGCACUACGACCCUGCCACCAACAAGUGGACCAUGGUGGCCCCGCUCCGGGAAGGUGUCAGCAACGCCGCGGUGGUGAGCGCCAAGCUCAAGCUGUUCGCCUUCGGAGGGACCGGCGUGAGCCACGACAAGCUCCCCAAGGUGCAGUGCUACGACCAGAGCGAGAACAGGUGGACCGUGCCGGCCGCCUGCCCCCAGCCCUGGCGGUACACGGCGGCGGCCGUGCUGGGCACCCAGAUCUUCAUCAUGGGAGGCGACUCGGAGUUCUCCGCCUGCUCGGCGUACAAAUUCAACAGCGAGACUUACCAGUGGACCAAGGUGGGCGACGUGACGGCAAAGCGCAUGAGCUGUCACGCCGUGGCCUCCGGGAACAAGCUGUACGUGGUCGGGGGCUACUUCGGCAUCCAGCGCUGCAAGACCCUGGACUGCUAUGACCCGACCCUAGACGUGUGGAGCAGCGUCACCACCGUGCCCUACUCGCUGAUCCCCACUGCGUUCGUCAGCACCUGGAAGCACCUGCCUUCCUAGACGCCGCCCGCCGGGAGGUCUGGGCACGAGCUCACUCCACCUCUUGGUGAGAUGAGACAGAUUUCUACUCUGGAGAAAGAAGGAGAAAAGGAGUGACUCUGGACUCUGGUGGUCUGCUGCUCCUGGGACAUGGCCCACCUGUCUGUGAAGGAGUGGGGCGGGGAGGGGGGGUUUCUCCAUGUAGGCCGCACGCGGGUUCGGCAUGAAUGAACAGACCUGUGAUCUCGUCCUUGUCUUGUCAUGGUGUGUCAGUGUCAGCCUCCACCAGGCCCUGGGAAGGAGAGAAGAGCCGGACCUUUUCCCUCGCUGGACUGUAUUCAGCACCGGCUUCCCAGGGGCUCCGCUGUGGACGUGCAGAAUUGGAAGUGGUUGUCACCUCUCUCUGAAGAGCGAGUCUGACGCCGUCACACCUGCUGCUGUUGGAAGUGGAGAGCCGACCGUGGGACCCGGAGGGGAGCUGGCUGGGCCGGCUGUGGAGUGGGCACCACUGGGUCCACGCUUUCCAGACAAGGGAAAGCUAUUGGUAGCCGCGUGGAAGAUGUUCUUUCCUAUUUAUAAGAGACUUUAACCUGCCCCUGGCUGUUUAGAACUUUGCUGUAGACUAGCUAUUUAUUGGUCAGUGCCUGCAUGCUCAGACGAUGCUCCCAGUCGUCUUCACGUGACGGACCUGUGUUGAUGCUCAUGAGUUUUGCACAUUUGUGACUUUGCUCACGAUGGAAACGUUUGUGUUACAAUUGAGUAUAACGGGGGGGGGGGGCUGGGGAGGGUGGGGAAGGGACUGUUUGUAAGUGUCACUACAGGGAAGGAUUAGGCAGAAGCGUAAUAUACGCAUCCUAGAGGUAGAGCAAGCAUGUGGGUCACUGUUUUUAGACUCGCCAACUAUCGGUGGGGGUGGGGGUGGGGUGGGGGUGGGGUGGGGGUGGAGGGCUCUGUACGGCCGUCCAGAUGGCGGGGGAGUGAGUAUAGGGGCUUUUGCUCUUUGCUUUUCUCCUUCUCGUCGGCUUAGCCUGUUUCAGUCUCAGCUAGUGAAAUCCGAAAGGGCCGGGUCUCUUUGCGGUUUACUUUAGUUCUGUAUAUAGGCAUAGGUGAAGCAAGGUAUUGUCCAAAGUUUUCCUUAUUUAUUUAUUACCCUAGAGGAACGCCCUGCCUCAACCACAGUUACUGAGAAAGAUAAACAAGACAGAUGCAGAUGAACUCACUCACCAGGUGGGGUUGACCUGGGAAAAUUGUUCUCUCCUCUUGCUGUCUGCAUGUACCAGUAGCUCUCCAAAAUGUAUAGAUCAGGGGGCCAAGCACACACAUCACAGUGCACAAGGACCCGGGUUCAAGCCCCUGGUCCCCACCUUCACAAGUGGCAGGGCUGCAGGUGUCUCUCUGUCUCUCUCCCUCUCUAUUGCCCCCUCCCCUUUCUCUGUCUCUAUCCAAUAAUCAGUUUAAAAAUUAAAAUUAAAAAAGAACUGUCAGAAUAUAUACAUCAGUGCGACACUUAGUCUGUAAAGCCACUCUUCGACACCUCCAAGGGGACACGUUCGGCCUGGGAACAGCAUAGAAGUCAAGGCAGUGCCCCCUCCCCCAUGCUGUCCUCCCUGUGGCUCCCCACCUUAAGAGAAAGGUCUUGCAGGCUAGGCGAGCUGGGCAUUGUUGUGAAUACAUCCUUUUCUAGGGCUUGUUCACUAAGCACACGCUGUGGUAGGUGUUAGUGUUAGAUUCCAGUCGCUGUUUCCCUAGAGGAGUCUGGGGGAGACCACUGUGUGCAGCUUGCACUGCACAUGUCAUGUUUCUCCUGUCACUGUACUUUAGGGACUAGGAUUUAAGACCAGUAACAAUCUUUUUCUCUUUGUGAGCAUGUUUGUAUCUUGGGAUAUAUCCUUGGCAUUUCUCCCCCCCCCGUCCCCCCUGAACACUUUAGACUAACUCUACGAGUCCGUCCUUGCCGUAAGUGAAGUGGGCGGCAGUGGACCACAACGAAUGAGCCGUUGGCAUAAGAAAGGAAGGAGGGAAGAAAGAAGUCACAGUACUUUCCCAGUAGCCGGUCCUUCUUCCUUGGUGUGUUCCGAGCAAUGCAAAUGUCUGAUUGUCCCUGGCUGCAUAGUCACUAGUUCUUUUGUGGCCCUGACAGCUCCUGUAGUGGGUGAUGCAAAUCUGUGAGGAGCCUGGGAGGGUCACUGUGCGGCUUCUGAGGGCAGGGUGAAUUUUCUGCAGCUGCUUCAGGGUUGUGGUCUGUGCUUGAGUCUCCUCUUGAUUACCAUGUGUGAGCCUGAGGGAACCAGGGCCAGGGUGGCCCCCAGCCUGCGGGGAACGUUCUGGACUCUCCCUCUUUGAAUUGGCGGAGGCCUUUGGGCCCGCUCCUUGACCAUUCUCACCCUGUGAAACGUCCCACACUUUGAAGCAAAUACAAUGCACAGCACAGAGCACAUAAAAACCUAGCCUAAGACAGAGAAGGUUCUUAUUCUAUGGGCUGGUUACUGGGGAAACGGGGAACAAAGGGGCAGCCUUCCACUUGUGGUAGAAUUGUGUAACCCCCUUUUCUCUGGGCUUGACACCUGUCUGAAUAAGAGUGAUUAGGACCGAAUAAUCUCCCUCUCGGCCAUUGAAUAUGUGGUUCACGUACAAAGUUGUGUAAGUGGAAGAAAUACAGUGUUCAUGUUCGUACAGAUUUGUUUGCUACUAAGCAUUUUUGAGGCUUUGUGAAACUGUUAUUUUUUUUUCACAAUGUGAAACUGAAGGUCAAAUAAAUUAUUAGAGAUUUUCUCUUCA